GCGGUUUUGCAUACAAAGUCUCAAAGUGUCUCUCAAGGUCGCGUUGCACUUUAAGUUGAUGAAGUAGAUGCGAUGACUUGAUUUACCCAUUUGCCCUUCUCCUCUUAUACAAUCUGUUGCAUUGCUGGCCGUCUGAUUUUACUCAACCCCCCUAUGAUAGUAGACCUGUUGUUUCUCUUGUUCUCAGUAACCUAGGAGCUGUUGCAGCUGGGGAUUCGUCAAGAUGGCCGACAAGUCGAACCCCAAGACGCCGUCCCUGAUCAAGAGGUCGAGCUCUUCCAUGUCCGCCUCGGGGAAACAGUCGAGCAUUCUGGGCUUCUUUAGCAAAGCAUCUCAGAAUGGAACACCCACGGCGUCCGCCAGACAAAAGUCCACACCCAAAACUGCCCCGGCCAAGUCGGCGCCGCCUGCCCUCAAAGAGAACACCAACCCCAACUCCCUCCAGCUCAACAGGAAGACCAAGCCCGCCAACGUGACCCCCGUCCCUAGUAGCGACGCCAUUGAACCAUCGAGCUCCCAGGAGAACCACUCUGAAGACCCCACACCAAAGGCCGCACCAGCCAAGAUGGCUCUCGCAAGCAGUCCAUCUCGCAAGGUCAAGAAGACGGUUAGUUACGCCGAAUCUUCCGACGACGACGACGACGAGCAAGUGGUCGUGUCUAGAAAGCCAACACGUCGCUCGAGAACCGUAGUCGACGACGACGAGGACGAUUACGAGGAGGACGCCAUAGAGGCAGUGGUCGAAGAUGACGACGCGGGCAUGGACGAUUUUCUCGUUUCCGACGACUCGGAUGCACCCUCCAAGAAGCGGAAGCGGCCAGCUCCCAAAGCUCAGACUGCUCGAAAGCGAUCACAAGCUUCUCCGCCCUCGGCGUCUGAAGACUUCGACGAAGAAGGCAUCGAUGAGAUCAUGGACGGGCUGCCCGCCGCAUCUACGGCACAACAAUGGAAGUACGAUCCCGACAGUGUCAACCCCGUCAAGAUACGGACACCUCCGCCGGAUGCGAAAAGAACUGGAAAGGUCAAGGCCCAUACGAGGGAGCCCGAGGAUCGAUACCCCUGGCUUGCCAAGGUCUCCGACCUCAAUCGUAAUCCUCCAGGCCAUCCCGACUUUGAUCCCUCGACCGUCUACGUCCCUCCCAUGGCCUGGAGCAAGUUCUCCGCCUUCGAGAAGCAAUACUGGGAGAUCAAGCACAAGCUGUGGGACACCGUCGUCUUCUUCAAGAAGGGAAAGUUCUACGAGCUCUACGAAAACGACGCCACCAUCGGUCACCAGCUGUUCGAUCUCAAGCUCACCGAUCGCGUCAACAUGCGCAUGGUGGGAGUUCCCGAGAGCUCAUUGGAUAUCUGGGUCAACCAGUUCAUCGCAAAAGGUUACAAGGUAGCCAGAGUCGAUCAGAUGGAAAAUGCUCUAGGCAAGGAAAUGCGCGAGCGCGAAGACAAGGCCAAGAAGCAAGACAAAAUCAUCCGCCGCGAGCUUGCCUGCAUCUUGACUGCUGGAACCCUCGUCGAUGGUGCUAUGCUGCAGGACGACAAUGCGACAUAUUGUGUGGCCAUCAAGGAAUCCACGGUUGAUGACCACCCGGCCUUCGGUAUUGCCUUUGUGGAUGCCGCGACUGGCCAAUUCUUUGUCUCCGAGUUCGAGGACGAUGUUGAUUUGACCAAGUUCGAGACUUUUGUAGCGCAGACAAACCCCCGUGAGCUACUUCUGGAGAAGUCGCACAUUUCCACCAAGGCUCUUCGCAUACUCAAGAACAGCACUGCCCCCACGACUAUUUGGAACUAUUUCAAGUCUGGCACCGAGUUCUGGGACGCCGACCUCACACGUCGUGAACUCGGCUGCAAUGACUAUUUCAAGGCUGAUGAAGACUCCGAAGAGGCAUGGCCAAAGGUGCUAGCAGAGUCCAAGGGCAAAGACCUCUUGAUGUCGGCCAUGGGAGCGCUUGUCCAGUAUCUUCGUGUGCUAAAGAUCGAACGCGCCCUGCUUUCUCAAGGCAACUUUACCUGGUACACUCCUAUCCACAAGAACGGCACCCUCAUCUUGGACGGCCAGACGCUGAUUAACCUGGAAAUUUUCGCCAAUACUGCUAACGGUGGCACAGAGGGCACGCUCUUCAGCCUGCUCAACCGUUGUGUCACUCCUUUCGGAAAGAGGAUGUUCCGCCAAUGGGUUUCUCAUCCUCUGUGCAACACGCAAAAGAUCAACGAGAGGCUGGACGCAGUCGAUCUACUAAAUAACAAUGUGGAGGCGCGAGAACAAUUUUCGUCCAACAUGACUAGAAUGCCGGAUCUGGAACGUCUCAUCUCGAGGGUUCACGCCGGCGCAUGUAGGCCUGAAGACUUCGUCAAGGUUCUUGAAGGCUUCGAACAGAUCGAGUACACCAUGACUCUGUUGGGCACAUUUGGCGGUGGCAAUGGGCUCGUUGACCGCCUCAUCUCGUCCAUGCCUGAUCUCAACGAGCCCUUGUCGUACUGGAAGACGGCAUUCGAUCGUAAGAAGGCUCGUGAGGAGAAAAUCCUGAUUCCUACGAGGGGCAUCGAAGAGGAUUUCGAUGACAGCUACGACACAAUCAAAGACAUCAAGGUCAAGCUCGAUCGUCUUCUCGUUAAGAAGAAGACUGAGCUUGGGGCCAAGAAUGCCAAGUUCACCGACAACGGCAAGGAGAUCUACCAACUCGAGGUACCAAAAGCCACAAAGGUACCCAAGGACUGGCGCCAGAUGUCCGCGACAGCAAGCGUCAAGCGGUAUUACUUUAAAGAACUCACAGAUCUUGUGCGACAGCUGCAAGAGGCGGAGGAAAUCCAUUCUCAACUCGUCAAGGACGUUGCACUACGUCUCUUCAAGCGCUUUGACGUGGACUAUUCUACGUGGCUUGCAGCUAUCCGCAUUAUCUCCCAACUGGACUGCCUCAUCAGCCUGGCCAAGUCAUCUGCCGCUCUCGGUGAGCCGAGCUGUCGUCCGGUCUUCGUCGACGAAGAGCGUACAGUGGUGGAGUUCGAAGAGCUCCGUCAUCCUUGCAUGAUCAACAACGUGGAUGACUUUAUCCCGAACGAUAUUGUGCUUGGUGGCGAUGCAGCCAAAAUCAGUUUGCUUACGGGUGCCAAUGCAGCCGGAAAGUCGACUGUCCUCCGCAUGGCUUGCAUUGCUGUCAUCAUGGCGCAGAUCGGGCACUACAUUCCGGCCAUCAGUGCUCGCUUGUCGCCUGUUGACCGCAUCAUGAGUCGAUUAGGCGCCAACGACAACAUCUUCGCCGCCCAGUCAACUUUCUUUGUGGAGUUGUCCGAGACCAAGAAGAUUCUGUCCGAGGCCACACCGAGGUCACUGGUCAUUCUGGACGAGUUGGGCCGUGGCACCUCCUCAUACGAUGGAGUUGCGGUGGCCCAGGCCGUCCUGCAUCAUGUGGCCAGCCACAUUGGCUGUAUCGGCUUCUUCGCUACGCAUUACCACUCCUUGGCCACCGAGUUUGAGUCUCAUCCCGAGAUCCAACCAAAGCGGAUGAAGAUUGAUGUAGAUGAUGCUAACCGCAGAGUCACCUUCCUUUACAAGCUGGAAGAGGGUGUAGCCGAGGGCAGUUUUGGCAUGCACUGUGCUGCCAUGUGUGGUAUCAAAGACAGUGUGAUUGAGAGAGCAGAGGAAGCGGCCAAGGAAUGGGAGCAUACGUCGAGGCUGAAAGAAAGCCUGGAGAAGGCGCAGGAAGGCUGUUGGAUCCCGCUUGGUGUUCUGAGUGAUGUUGCUGCCGUGCUUGACCCUGCAAAGGGUGAGGACGUCAGCAUGAGGAGCAUGGAUGUUUUGCUCAAAGCAAUUGAGGCUCUGUAAGGCCACCGCAUCAUGCGGAUGUCCACAUAAGGCGGUGUAAGAUGUCGAUAAUUUUCUGAUUGCUUGUGAGCGACUGCUGCGCGGAGUAUGCGGAGUUACUUGCUCCAGAAUCGUACAUGCAGGAAAGCGAUCUGCUAUUCCAAUCUUAAGGCGUAAGAGGGGUCUGGCCGGCGGCGUUCCGGCUGUGUGUUUGAUAGGUUGUGCGGUACUUGGU